AUGAAGAUUAGCUAACAACAGAAAUUAUCUUUAGUAAAUAGAACAGGCAAGCUUGAGGCAAAAAAAGAAUCAGGUUAAGAUGGGCUUUGUGAUGUGAUUAAUUUCAAAACUUUAAAGAAAGGAAAUUGGCAUUCAUUUAAAUUACAGUUUGAUUCUAAAGGAGCAACAUAUGGAUGCUUAGAUUAAGCAGGUAAUGUUACAUUGUUUUAUCUGGAUAAAAACAGAUACACUAAUGUUGACGUUUAAGUAGAUUCUUCUAAUUUGACAUUCAUAGAAAAACCAACUGGAUACUUAGCUGUUUCAAAUGCAGAUUGUUCAAUUUCGAUUUACAGCAUUCUUAGUGGAAAGCUCAUCUAGCAAUUAAAAUGGCACACAUUUAAGAUUAAAAAGCUACAAGUUAAUCAUAUGAGCGGAUAUCUACUUUCUGUAAGCUCUGAUAACUGUACUAUAUGGAAUAUAAAUACAUAUGAAAGAAGAAAAUCAUUUUUUGUUAAAAACACAAGAUACGCUCAAGGUUGUCUUACUCCUGCAGGUGAACACCUUAUUACAUUGUCUUAAAAUGGAUUAGUUGAGUGUCAUAAUACAGACACUUUGAAAAUAGAAAAAAAAGAAGAAAUUGGUCUGAAAUUAAAGUAAGCUCACUUAGAUAUUUCAGCUGAAGGAGUAUAUAUUGCUAUUUGUGGAGAUUCGAAUUAUUGCUUAAUUGGAAGAUUGGACUGCUAAUAAGGAUUUGAUUUUGAACUCUAUGAGUUACCAAAUAAUAUUUAAUCUGUUAAAAAAAUAAAAUUUAUAAGGAAUAGCUUGCUAACACUCUUGGGAAGCGAUGAAAAAAUAUAUGUUCUCUCAGCUGAAAAUAAUAUGGAAAUUGUAUUAUGCUUUGAGUUGCCUAGUCGUAAAGGAAUAGUUGACUAUGAUUUAAAUAUUGAUGCUAAAUAUUUAGUUGUAAUCAGCACUUUAGGAGAAAAGUAUGUCUAUGAUUUUCAUUAGUUGAUAGCUAAUUAAAAGAAGCAUCAAUAAGAUGUCACGAUGAAGAAAGGAUCAUUUAGCAGAUAGACUCUAACAAGAAUGGAUUUAGAUGAACUCAAAUAAACUCUCUUUUACUAAACUAAAGAGAAUUAAAUGAAAUAUGCAAAUUCUAAAAAAUAAAAGCAUGAAGGAAAAAUUAAUGGAGAGACAAAUAUGAUUAUGCUUGAUAGAGUAGGCGGAGCUACUCCCGAAGUAGAGAUCUUUGUAAAUGGAAAACGCUAGGAUUAGUAUGAUAUUCAAAAUUAAAAAUCUUCUUUCUUGGAUAGAGAAAAAUUGAGAGAAUUUUUGAGCAGAUUUGGGUACUUUCCUGAAAAGCAUAGAGUUGUUGUAUGGAAUUACUUGUUAAAGCUGCCUUCUAACUAUGAAGCUUUUGAUAACUUAGCACGUAAGGGUUUGCAUCCAAACUACUUAAAUUUGAAAAGUACUUUCCCAAUACAAUCUGACAAAUUAUACUAUAGGACACAAAGAAUUUUAUCUUGCCUUGCACACUAUUGUCCUGUCUUUGCUUAAUUAGAUUACAUGCCAGCUUUUGUUUUUCCUUUUGUUAAACUAUUAGGAACAAAUGAAGCAUUUUGUUUUGAAGUUAUCCUGAGCUUUUUAGUUCAGUGGGGAUAAUUUUUCUUUGAAUUCGCUCCAAAUCCUCCUGUUAGCUAUCUUAAAGCAUUUAUGGAACUGCUGGAGUAUCAUGAACCUCAACUUCACGCUCAGCUUAAUCAAAAUAUACCUCACACUUAGCUCUUCAAUACUAUUUGGAGCUCAUUACAAGUUGUUUUAACUGACGUCCUAAAGCGUGAAGACUGGCUUUGCUUUAUUGAUUUCUUAGUAGCUCACAGUGAAAAACCUGAUUUAUUAUUACAUAUACUAGUAGCAUACUUUACAUAUUUUAAAAGACAUAUCAUUUCUUUCACAACAGGAUCAUAACUGCUUCGUUUCUUUUAGCAAGAUCAUUAAAUUAGAAUUUAAAAUUUACUUUAAGAUGCUCUUGAAUACCGCAAUAGAACCCCACCAAGAAUUCCUUAAGCAGUUGUUCUUUAGGAUAAUCUUCCUUUAACUAGUGAACAAUACCCUAUUUUUAACUUUUACCCAAAGUUUUCACUUGACUAACAUAAAGAAAUAAGAGAAUAAAUUAUACAAGAAGAAUUAAAGGCAACAGAAAAGAAGAGAACUUUGAAAGAACUUAAUACACUUUAGUAAUAAUUAAAUGAUCUUGAAAAGCUGUAUGAAGAAAAAUAAGAUGCAUUAAUGAGGCAUGAAAGAGAAAGAAGAGAAAUUAUAACAUAUGAAUAAGAAAUGAGAUACUCAAAACUAGUUGAUGCAGAAAGACAAGUAAGAGAAGAAAGAUUGCAAUAAAUGAAAAAACUAGAAGAAGAAUCAAGAAAAGCAAUAUAAAUAGCUGAGAAUUCAAGAAAAGCUGAUCUAGAUUUUAUAGAUUAAGAAUUGUAAAAGAAGAGAGCAAACGACAAUAAGUUUAUAGCUUCCAAAAUGGAGGAAGAAGCUAUUUUGAACUUAGAGUUAAAAACAGCAGGAAGAAUCAAUGAAGUUUUAAACACAAAAACCAAAGACUAAAAUAUUUAAUCAAUAACUCUGCAAGCAGAGAUAGCUCAAAAAAGAUUAGAUAUGAAAUACAAAUAAAUGGAACAAUAAAUUGAUUAGUAAAUCGAGGAAGAGAACAUCAGAUAAGACCACAUUCUUUAAAGAAAAGCUCUUUAAAGGGAAAUUGAGGAUGACGUUUCAAAAUAAAGAGAGAUAAAGGGACAACUUUUAGCUGAAGAGUUUGAAAGAGAAUUAAAAUUAGCUGAAAUUGAAAGAGACAGACGCAUCUAAAGAAUUGAGGAUAAUGAAAAAAUUAAAUAAUAAGAAUUCUUGCAACUUUAUAAAUUGCAGGAUGAUGUUUUAAAUUAACAAUAAAAUUAACUAGUUAAAACUCUUUAAGACAAAGACCUAGAUGCUAACAAAGCUAGAUAAGAAGAAAGGUUAAGAAUCAUAGAAUAAGAAAAUAGAUAAAAGCUAUAUGAGCUUGAGGAACACAGAAGUAAAAUUAAGGAUAUUACUUCUCAUUUAAAGAGAGCAGAAGCAGAGGAUUAAAUCUAGGUGUUUAGAAAUACUAUGUUGCAAAACUAAUUAGAUGAAGAGAAGAAAUUAUAAAAAGAAAUAGAGCAAAUAUAAAAAGAUAGAAAAGCUUAAAGAGAACUUUAGCAAGAUUUAGAGUUUAAAUAAUAAGAAUUCGCUUAAUCUGAGCAAUACAAAAGAAUAUUGAAGUAAAAUGAAGAAUUUAUUAGAAGAACUGAAGAAGAGAAAUACAGAGACUUUUAAAAUAAGCUUAACUAAUAAUUUGAGUAGUAAUAACAAGAAGAAGAAAUGAAAAACCAAAAGUAUCAAUACUCUCCAUCUUAAUAAAAUACUUACAGUCCUUAUUAUCAAGAUACCUAUGGUAACUAUAAUUAGAGUAAUAAUUACAAUAAUGGAUUUAAUCAAAGCAAUAAUUAUCAAUACAAUAAAAGCAUACCAAAUAAUGGCCAGUAUUAUAACAACACUUAUAACAAUAGCAACUAUAAUAAUCCUAACUUAUAAAAUAAUAACAAUAACUCAUAUCCCAAUCAAAAUGAGUAUUCAUAAAAUUAUCUUCAAGACUCCAUAAACUAGCAUUCUUCAAUGGAGGCAUGA